CCGACCACGCAGCGCUCACGGCGGCCCGGGCUGACAGCGGCCCUUGCAACCUUACAACCGGUUCUUGACCUGGCCCUCACCGCCCCCUCAUCUCCUCCCUCUACCACUCACGCCCAUCACUCUCUCCACUCUUACCCAAGUGCAAGUAGUGACCAGCACUCACCUUGUAAACUAUUAACUGUACUUCUCACCGAUUGGGACUGGUUAUUGUCAGCCGAUGAGUUUAGUGAACACGCGGGUGUUAAGGCUGUGUGGGAGAUGUCCGCUGGGGCAACUUGGUGUGUGUACCCAUGUGUACUGCAUCCCACCUCCAGAUACAUAGCGUCCUGUGUACUACACCUCACACGGGAGAUACAUAGCGUCCUGUGUACUACAUCUCACACGGGAGAUACAUAGCGUCCUGUGUACUACAUCUCACACGGGAGACACAUAGCGUCCUGUGUACUACAUCUCACACGGGAGACACAUAGCGUCCUGUGUACUACAUCUCACACGGGAGAUACAUAGCGUCCUGUGUACUACAUCUCACAAGGGAGAUACAUAGCGUCCUGUGUACUACACCUGUCCCACAUCUGCUGGGUGCCCCAGCCGGACCUCAAGUUCUCCGUUCGGAGGCUGAUAACUCCUAUGACCGUCCGCUUGUCUUAGUUGCUUCAGUGCCAAGGGUGUGUGGAGGUACUGGUGCUUCCACAGGUGUACUAGUACAGCUGCUUCAACAGGAAGUGGACGGUACGCUCUCUCCCACACACCACCUGUCCUCUCUCCCUCGUGUUCACUUGAUCAUCUAAGCCAAGUUUCAAACGUGCGCCGUCAAGCAAGGCUCAUAAGACAGGCAGGUAUGAGCCGGCGAGCAAGAGGCAGAUGUGGGUAGUGUUUGAGUGGCUCCGACAUCCCAGCAGUUAGCCGGGGCGCGCUCCGCUCACUAGUCUAGGCUAUAACCGGAUUCCACUCUCGAUGUUCCGUGUUGCGUUAUAAUGGAAAAGGAAAUUUUGUCGUUUUGUGCUCAGUGUCCGUGUGUAGUGUUUGUGUAUCGGUGGUAAUAGUGUCCGUGACAAGGAAAACAAAUAUAUAAUUGUGUUAGCGUGUUGCCGUGUAUUAUACAUUUCGUGUGAGAAAACAGGUGAAGGUGUUGGUGAUGUAGAGGCAGCAGCACCCAGCUGUGUAUUAGUAUGUUGAAGCAACCACUAGUUGAAGAUGUGUGUCCUCGUAUCACUAGUGUUGUGUAUUCUUCGUAUCAAAUUGUUCCUCAGUAACUUCGUAUAGCGGUAUAUUGCCUGAUGGUGUACAAGAUGCUUAUUGAAAUGUAUUAAAUCUAAGGGCAGCCAGCUUGCCUCUGCAGCUUGAAGGCAGAAAUAGCAAUGAACAGUAGAACAGCGUCUAGUACCGUUGACAUGAUUACAUUACAAAAUAAUUACAAAUUGUUCCCGUAAGUGUGUGAGGGUACGGAGUGGAGAGGAUGGGACACUAAAGACAAACAAAACAAACUUGGACAGAAAGAGAUACAACCCAUCAAAUGUUCAAACAAAAUUAUCAUCAUCAUUUUGAUAAAUCAACUAAAAGUUUAAAUCAUGGAUAAAAUUAUACACGAGCCAAGUGUUAAAUGAUGAUGAUUUGGGCAUGAUAAACCCCCUUCGGACGGUCAACCUAGAGCUGCUUGCCAUGGCGUGGUGAGUGUGUUGGCGGGGUCACUCCAGGCAUCACUCUCUCUUCCCCCGAGGUGGGCUGCAACACCUUAAAAACUCACCCGCCUCCCGCACCAGGGCUUUGUGAAGUAAAAAAGGCAUUAUCAAGAGAGCGAGAGAGCAGCCAACGCACAAGAGAAAGGCUGGUGACGAUGGCCUUUCUCCGUGACUUCAACCAACCGUUUACCUGACGGUCGCGGCCACCGGGAUGAGUGUGUGAUGGCGGCGGCCCUGGUGCCAGAGGUUAAGGUUAUCCCUGAGGAUGAUGGGGAUGAGGAUGGCACUACCCCUUAUGUGGACCCAUCAUCCCUAGCUGCCCACAGUGGAUUGGGGGCCUCGGGGGGCCGAUCCCACGGCCCCCUCCUAGCCCCACCUCCGCGCUUCCAACCCGAAGAUGAGGACGAUGACCCCGGCUGGCUGGAUCUUACCGACGGGGCUGCGUAUCUGGAGUGUCCGGACCUCCUGGAGUCCUACACGUCGCUCAGGCCACGUCUCUCAUACAGGAAAGCGAUCAACUCUGAGGUGGAGAUCCAGUGUGAGAAUGGGGAGCGGCGCGUCCUGCGGUCCACCUGCGACUGGAAUGAGGGAGCUAUCAAUGGGGACCACCUGUGGUGCCCGACCUCCGCCUCCGGCGACUUCUGCUACGUCGGCGAGGACUUCUGCUGUAAGUCGGGGGCCCGGAUGAAGUGUUCCGCCUGUAAGAUCAUCGCCCACACGGGUUGCAUCGCGGCGCUGGUGGAGCGGGUCAAGUUCCCCUGCAAGCCCACUUUCCGCGACGUCGGUCCGCGCCAGUACAGGGAGCAGACGGCGACGCACCAUCACUGGGUCCACAGACGAAGCCAGAAGGGCAAAUGCAAGCAAUGUGGCAAGGGAUUCCAGUCCAAACUGCUCUUCGGCUCCAAGGAGAUCGUGGCCAUCAGCUGUUCCUGGUGCAAGUCUGCUUACCACAACAAGGAAAGCUGCUUCAACAUCAGCAAGAUUGAGGAAACCUGCUCUCUGGGCCUCCACACAAGCAUUAUCGUGCCGCCAUCUUGGAUCGUUAAGCUACCUCGCCGCGGCUCCUUCAAGUCGUCUCUCCGGAAGUCUCCCAAGAAGAGAGCCUCAAACAAGCGUAAAAGCCGAGAUAAGGAGAACGAGGAUGAGGAGCAAAACGAUAAAGAGACCCGGCCCUUCGCCAUCAAGCCAAUCCCCAACGCCAACAUCAAACCGCUGAUAGUGUUCAUCAACCCCAAGAGUGGAGGCAACCAGGGCGCCAAGCUUAUGCAGAAGUUCCAAUGGCUCCUCAACCCAAGACAGGUGUUCGACCUCACCCAAGGAGGGCCCAAAGCAGGACUAGAGAUGUUCCGGAAAGUGAGCAACCUGCGGGUGCUGGCGUGUGGCGGGGACGGCACUGUGGGCUGGGUGCUCUCCGUGCUCGACCAGCUCAACUUCCAGCCUCCCCCGGCCGUGGCUGUCCUGCCCCUGGGCACGGGCAACGACCUCGCCCGCUCCCUCGGCUGGGGAGGAGGGUACACAGACGAGCCCAUCAGCAAGAUCCUUUGCAAUAUCGCUGAUGGAGAGGUGGUUCAUCUGGACCGGUGGCGUGUGGAUGUUGUCAAAAACGAAGAGUACGAACCUACUGAAGAAGGCAGAGACACUCUCCCCCUUAGUGUUGUCAACAAUUAUUUUUCCUUCGGUGUCGAUGCCCACAUUGCUCUCGAAUUCCACGAGGCAAGAGAGGCCAACCCACAGAAGUUCAACUCUCGGCUUCGCAACAAGAUGUUCUAUGGGCAGGCUGGAGGCAAGGACCUGCUGCAGCGUAAAUGGAAGGACCUCUCCGAUAACUGCACACUAGAGUGUGAUGGCAAGGACAUGACCCCUAUACUGAAGGAAAAUAAGGUCCAUGCUGUGGUUUUCCUCAAUAUACCCAGCUAUGGCUCUGGCACCCAUCCUUGGAAUCGUAGUAGUGGAGUGGAACAGCACACAGAUGAUGGCAUCAUUGAAGUUAUUGGGCUCACCACAUACCAGAUGCCACUGCUACAGGCCGGGGGUCAUGGGACAACAAUCUGCCAGUGCAAGAGAGCCAGGAUUAUCACCAGAAAGACUAUUCCCAUGCAGGUGGAUGGUGAGGCAGCGAGGGUCAAUCCUAGCAUCAUUGAGCUUACUCACCUCAACAAGGCUUCCAUGGUGACUAAGAAGAAAGCUAAGUCUGUCACGAUGCCUCAUCUGGAACAGCUUCGUUUGCAAGUCUCAAGGAUCACCAUGUAUGACUACGAACAGCAUCAUUAUGACAAGGAGAAGUUGCGAAGUGCUUCUUCUUCCAUUGGUGUCAUUAUGAGUGACCAGGAUGCUGACCUUGAGCAGGUUCGGAAGCACAUAAAUCGUAUGAUGGAGGACGCGUCAAAUAAGGGCAGGUCUGCUCGGCCCUUGAGUGAGAGUUGGUGCUUCCUUGAUUCAUGCACAGCUGAAAGGUUCUUCCGUAUUGAUCGGGCCCAGGAACACCUCCACUACGUGACGGACAUUUGCACCGAGGACCUCUUCGUGCUGGACCCAGAACUCACCGACCCCACCAGCGUCAGCAGUGGCGCCAUUGUGAGAGCAGAUGUUAGCGUGGACAACGACAUAGAUCAUAGCGAGAGGAUGGCCAUGGUAAGCGACAGUGACUCUGGCGUGGGUGGAACUGAUGCGGAGCAGCGAAACCCUACCUCUGCCCUCACCGCCAGCCAAGACUCCUCCGACACCGGGGAGGAGGAGGCCCUGGAGGCCCGGGUACCCAGCUUGCAUGAGCGUGUCUUUGGUCCAGAAUACUACCCUCCCAGCCACCUACUUGAGAAGAACUCUGAUGGAAUCAUAAAGGCUGCCAAACAAGGUGAUUUGAAGAUGCUAAAGGACCUCCAUUCUCAAGGAUACUCAUUGCUGUCAAUUGAUGGACAUGGACAGACUGCACUUCAUUUUGGUGCACGCCAUGGACACAAAGACAUUGUGCGCUACCUAAUUGCAUCUGCCCCACCAUCCAUCCUCGACAUGGUGGACACAGAGAGAGGCCAGACAGCACUUCACCAGGCUGCACAUAACCGACGGCGGACAGUAUGUUGCAUGCUGGUGGCAGCGGGUGCAUCCCUAACCAUCAGGGAUCUGCAGGGCAAUACGCCGAGGGCUCUUGCCCAGCGUGCAGAUGACCAGGAGCUGGCUGCCUAUCUGGAGAGCCAGGAGCAGUUUCAGACCAUGGUUCAUGAGGACUUGGAGACAACCGUAUGAUUGAGGCUGUACCUCGGCCAGGGAGCAUGGAGAAUAUCCCCCAUCAUCCUCUGGCUGAGCUUGGCAAUCUUCAGAGUGGAUGAUCUCUUCUUGCAUAAAGAAAGUUAUCAUGUUUGAUACAGCUUGGAUUUUUAUUGUUGUGUUUUGUAAGAAUUAACAUUGAGGGAUGACAGUAUGAAUUUCAUCUCUAGUCAAUCAGUUUAGAAACUCCAUCUCAAGUUUGUCAAGCCUCUACACUAGACAAGAAACAACUGCCAAGUUAGGCUGAUUAUAGUGAGCAGUAACAAUGCUUUGUUUAAAUAUACAGCAAAGUUUUUUUGGGGUUUGAAAAAUGAAAUAAAUGAGAAACUGCUCUGCUGCUGCUGGUCUUCCACUGCGAACAGCUGACGGACAGUGAACAGAUAGUUGACCUGGUUCCCAACCUAAGUCAUUCCAGUCAAAUAUAAGAUAUUAUUUAAUGUGUCUGUGUGAUUCAUGUGUAGGUUUUUUGAGACCCCUUUAAUCUUUAGUAUUUAAUACCCAUAACCUGCACACUGUAAAAGCCCCCCCCCCCCAUCUUUCCCAGAAUCACCCCCCCCCCCCCACCCCCACCCCUCUCAUGAGCUUACUACCCCUCCGUGCUUAAAUCACAUGCUAUAUAAAUAUAUAUAAAAAACAAAAAGUUUUUUUAAGGAUUUAAAUAUUUAAAUUUUGAUCCAUUAAGUGUUCUUUAAUAUUGUUGUUUUCCCCACGGUUUCUUUUCUUGUAUGGCAUCUGUAGAUAGGUAUGUGCAAUUUGGACAUAUCAGUAUUGUAGUGAUUGUAGCUUCUUAUUUCAUACACACUCUUGGUUCUUUUCUGAGAUCUGAUCAUGUGUGGCAAUUUUAAAGUAAUGCUUGAACAUUGAAGGUAAUAAUAUUUGAGCAAGGCAUUAAGGAAAAGAUGGGACAUUAUUUAUAUUUUUCUCGAAGGCAGGAUGUAUUAAUUAGGUAUACUUGCUGUGUUACGAAAUGUACCUAUAGGUUUUAAAUAGGUCAAAGUUUAAUAUAGAAAGAUGAAGUUAUUUACAAAACUACAAUAUAGUGUUACGUGCCAGCAUGAAAUGCUAGCCUGAAUUGCUUGGUGGCGUUGUACGCUGUCUCCCCCUAAGUGCCAAGCAUGAGACUAGUAUGAACGUAGACAGUGUCAUAAAGAAGUCAGUAAUGCAUUGCUCUUCCUGGUGCAGUUUCAGGGUUUGACUCCGGGCCGCCCAAAUACAGUGUGGUUUAGAAUAUACUGUUUAAAUAUUGUAAUGGAUAAUACAAGUCUUCAAAAUGCUUACAUAUUUCUUGAGUUAAUGCUCUUAUAUCAUUCUGCUUUGUGUUAAAAAUGGUAAAAAUAUAGGAAGUGUAAUUUAGAAACAUUUAUUGCACAGCAUCUGGGCUUCCCAUAGUUACAUCCAUGUUGGGUAUGCACGUGAAAUUGCACAAUAAGUUUGAGCAAGUAGAUAUCUUUACUUCUAAUGAUGUUUAUGCUGGUUAAAAAUUUAGAAAAUAAUACAUUUAGUAUAUUUGAUUUGAUUACCUUUAUGCACUAGUGUUAAAAGUAUAAUCAAGAGCCAUUGUUUACAGAUGCAAAGUUAGAAGUAUGAGUAGGUUAUAAGUGUAAAACACAUGCGCAAUCUGUCAACAGUCGCUCCUUUUGAAAAUGCGGGGAAUAGUGCAUAGGGGUCAAAUCUCAGAUUCUUGCUUGUACAACAUUUCAUUCUAUUCAUUUAAUAAAUAACCACAGAAGAAGGUUGAAAAGCAUAACAAAAUUUAAUUCAACUUGUACUGUUGGAAGAUGGUACAUGCAGGAGGAUAAAAUAGUAACUUCAUCUUUUCAAUUUAAACUCAAAUUUAUUCACGAAUGUAUAUCUCAGGUGUGGUCAAAGAAAGACAAGGUUAGACUCAACAAAAAUGUGAAGGAACAAGAAGACCAAGAUGUUUGCUAAUGGAUAUGAUCCACGGGCAAACUAGUAGUUGACGAAUAGAUCUUAAUAUUGCUUGUUUAACUUCAUUAUUCUUUAAAGUCUGCCUUUUACAUUCCGGAAAUUAAAUUUUCUCAUGAUCUUACGUUACCUUAUUUCCUUGUGGACUAAAUUAAUUCCUUACUAAAUCUGUGAUCUACCAAGUGCUGAGAAGUUCUCUUCCACAUGUCAUUACGGAAUAAACUUUUAGUCUUA